AAUCCUAGAAUUGGCAACCACCAAUAUGCCAUCGUUAAAAGCCAACGACGGGAUCAAUCUCUAUUAUAGGACAUAUGGCUCGAUUGGAGCGACACCGUUAAUCCUACUACAUGGUUUCACAGGCUCGGGCGAGGUAUUCAGGCGCAACGUCAACACGCUUUCCCAAGACCAUUAUGUUCUCGUACCGGACCUCCGUGGACAUGGCAGCUCAGACAAGCCAAAAGCCGGUUAUCACGUUGCGCGCUUAGCGCUGGAUUUGAGAAAUUUCAUCGAUCACUUCCAGUUUCAAGAAGGCAAGAUAUCAGCUAUUGGUACAAGCUUAGGAGCCGCUAUCCUCUGGUGCUACUGCGAGCUCUUCAGCGCCAGGGCAUUCUCACACGUCGUCUUUGUCGACCAAGCACCUUUGCAAAAUUAUCUUACAGACUGGGGCCCAGAGUAUGGGAACCGCGGCUGCAAUUCCCCAGAAGCGCUGGGCAAGAUGCAACAAACGCUCGAGACCGAUCCCAGGGCGGCUCAUAUAGGGACAAUCGCUGCUUGCCUAGGCUACAGGUCUCACCCACGACCAGACGAUCCGACAGCAGGAUCAAAAGAAUGGGAAGAUGAUGAGGUAUUCUUUCUUGGGGAAGCAUUGAAAGGAGACGGAUGGUGGUAUGGCAAGCUCAUGGCGGACCAUACAGCAAACGACUGGCGAUACUCGAUCGCGCAGAACCUAGGGCCGGAUAGUGGAAGCACAACGAAAGUCCUAGUCGUGGCGAUUAGUCGGAGUGGAUGUUUUCCUGCAGCCGGUCCGCUCAAGGUCGUUGAGCUGGUGAAUGGAGGGAUCAAAGAUGGGCUUGCACGGGGCGUAAUUGUAGACUGGGGCGGGCAUUGGUGUUAUUGGGAGAAACCCGAGAUGUUUAAUAAGCUGGUGCUUGACUUUUUGUUGUAAAGGGAUCUGGGCGAAUAUCUCUCAUUUGACAACGGGCGUCUUAGUAGGAGCCGUCUACGAUAUUAUACAUGAGCGUUGAUGUUCAAAAACCUCACUGGCAAGACCAAUAUCACACCACACGUAUUGAAACGGUUGCGACCUAAGCAGCUACAUAUACAUUAUUGAUUACUAGGUUGAAUAGG